UCCGUUGAAGCCAACCCUCGUCAAAAUUAUUGCCUUCUCCCCGUGCUCUCUCUCGCCCAGGCCCAGUUUAGUCCCUCUUCCUUAUUUCUCGAUCGAAGCGGGACUGGUCCUUAAUGAUGUUUGCUUUAGGUUGUGCGAAAGGAAUCGCCAAUCAAUUUUUCAGAAAUCCCAGAUGGGGGUCUGGACUCUUCCUGCAUCACCUUCUGUCCCCUAAUUACUCCGUGCAUAAACCUUUCGUAGAAGUUCCACAUGAAUCAGCUUCUUCAAAUCAGAAUGUAUUCGACUACAGCAGACGACGUUACACGAGUAAUUCGACGGUAGAGCUAAGAACUGAUGAUAAUGUGGUGAGGUUUUCUUUCAACAACAAUGUCCCUGACGACAACAAAACUGUGGUGCCUAUGAAGAAAUGGAAACGAGCUAAACCGUCAAGAAAGGCUAAAGUGAAUGAGUUACGGUUUUACCGUCUAAAGGCCAAAAAGAAGAUGAAUUCUCCAAAUCCCGAAGUUAGAAUUCGAUAUAAGCUCGAAAAGGCCAAGAGAAAAGAAGAAUGGUUGAUUGAGAAACUGAGGAAAUACGACGUCCCGAAGUCGCCGGCAGAAGCCUACGAUCCGGAGACUUUGACGGAGGAAGAGCAGCAUUACCUAAAACGCACAGGCGAAAAGAGGAAGAACUUUGUGCUUGUGGGAAGACGAGGAGUGUUUGGAGGUGUGGUGCUGAACAUGCACCUCCACUGGAAAAAGCACGAGACUGUUAAAGUUAUUUGCAAGCCGUGCAACAGACCGGGGCAGAUUCAUGAGUAUGCGGAAGAGCUCGCUAGGCUAAGCAAGGGGAUUGUGAUCGAUGUUAAACCUAACAACGCCAUAGUUUUGUACCGCGGGAAAAACUAUGUCAGACCGCAAGUGUUGUCUCCUGUUGAUACACUCUCUAAAGAUAAGGCUUUGGAGAAAUAUCGGUAUGAGCAGUCGCUUGAACAUACGAGUGAGUUCAUAGAGAAGCUGGAGAAAGAGCUUGAGGAGUAUCACAAGUAUGUUGCUCGGUACAAGAAGAAGACUGAGGUCGAUUCGAAGAGCAAAGCAGUGUAACUUACACAUUUGGUGAUUUUGUUUGUUAGGCCUCAAAACAUUUGGUAGCAUGUUCUGGAGUAAUUAUCCAUUAUUUCACUUGCCAA